AUGGCUCAGCUCAUGAAGUUGGUGUUUCCCAAGAUGAGAUCUUCAUUUCCGACCACCAGUGAGUCCCAGAAGGAACGUCUAAGCAUGUCUAGCAAGUCGAGCAGCGUCAAUCGAGAGUAUACACAAGCUUUCAGGACCAAGUCCUACGUGGAAAUGUGUACUAAAGUCCAAUCCCAGAUUGGGAGAACAAGCAUCGGCAGAUCGCUCUCGUUGCAUCCUCUGUCCGCCAGUGCCUGUGGCGUGGCACACCUGUCAGAAUCGCUCCUCGAGCCUGGGCCGGAAACCCUCGAAAACAUGAUCAAGACCUUGAAUUUCCAUCGUCUUCUUGUGGACUACUUCGAGGUGAGCUCAGACACAUGUGAUUUGUGCGAGUUACUCCUCCGGGGGAUCCACCAGAUCCGCACCAAUUACCAAAGGAUCAGAAGGGCAAUCAAGUUGGCAAAACUGGUAUUUGAAGACGCAGGUCAUGCGGAUGAGCAGAGCCGUCUGAUAUGCCGAGAACUGUCCGCAUUUGCCUCGCUGACAAACCCUUUAUUUGCGAUCGCCCGAGUCCAGUUCCCAGGUAUGCAUGAUAAUUACAUGGCAUUGUUUCAUGAGUUAACAUCCAAACGCAAGCAUAUGCAGAGGAGAAUGAAGCUGGCUAGGGCUUGCAAGAGGGUAGGAGGGCUCGGGCUGAUUGUCUCCUCCACCGUGAUCUCAACCACAGCGCUGGUGCUGGCAAGCUGCAGCACCGGGAUGUCCGUUAGGUCAUCAUCAUAUCCAGAGAAAAGCUCAUCGACCGAAGCAGUUUGCAAACAGCUUGACGUCACGGCGAAAGUGGUGUACAUACUGACUAAUGACAUGGACACUGUAAGCAGGUUUGCUGGGAGAUUGCACGAUGAGGUCGAGCAUGGCAGAUCAAGGGCCGUGAUGGUGGUCAGGAAUUAUGCGAAGAAGGGUGACAUCGUGAGGGAGGUUGUGAAUGAGGUUUUUGAUGCGCACAAUGCUCGUUUCUUGGAGCUGCUGGAGGAGCUUGAAGAGCAUAUUUACUUGUGCCUUCUCACCAUGAACAGGUCAAGAGGGUUGGUUGUGGAAGAGAUCUUGACCUCUCAGUUCAUGAGCGAUCAAAGUGGUUAUUGA